AGCCACGAGUACAAAACAUAAGAUGAUUAGGUGGUUGUCACAGUGCUUCUGCAAUUUGUGGUGUGUGCACGUCGUGAUCACCAGAAUUUGUUAGAAGAUGGUAGAACGUUAUGAGACUUCGCUACUUUUGCUCUGUCUCUUCUCAUUUUCUGCACUUGUUCUAGCUUCUUCGCCAUGCCCCCUUACUGGGUUACCACUAGUGAGAAAUAUCAGCGAGAUUCCUCAGGAUAACUAUGGUAGGGCGGGACUCUCUCACAUGACUGUUGCAGGUUCAUUAUUGCAUGGAUUGAAGGAGGUUGAAGUAUGGCUUCAAACAUUUACACCUGGAACAUACACCCCAAUUCAUAGGCAUUCCUGUGAAGAGGUUUUUGUUGUUCUCAAAGGGAGUGGCACUCUUUAUCUUGCAUCAGAUUCGCAUGGAAAAUACCCUGGAAAGCCGCAGGAGCACUUUAUCUUUGCCAAUAGCACAUUUCAUAUUCCUGUUAAUGAUGUUCAUCAGGUUUGGAACACCAACGAGCACGAGGAUUUACAAGUGCUUGUUAUAAUAUCUCGUCCACCUGUUAAAUUAUUUACAUACGAAGACUGGUCCAUGCCUCACACUGCAGCGCAAAUGAAAUUCCCCUAUUACUGGGAUGAGCAAUGUUAUAAGAAGGAAUCUCCAAAAGACGAACUAUGAUUGGUAGCCAAGGUAAAAAUAUAAAAUGCCUCGUAACAAGUGGGAGUAAGGUAAAAUGGGGGUGUGAGUAUCAACGUCCUUUGCAAAGGUCGGAGGCCGAGGCUGGGCAUCUUGCUAAAGGUCUGGAUGAGUCGUUUGGGAUAGAAGAUCGAAACUAGUUGGUUCAAGUUGAAGAGCAGCUAGGCCAAAUAUCGAGAGAUGUCCCAAUCGAAGGUUAGGACUAUAUGGCUCGAGCAAAAGGUCGAGAUAAGUCGUUCUAGAUCGAAAAUCGAGUUGAAUUAACCUAAACUAAAGAUCGAGUCAAGUUAGCCUAAAUCGAAGGUCGAAUUGAGUUAACUUGAACUAAAGGUUAAGUUACGUCGGUCUAAGUAGAAUGUGGAGUUCAUUUGACUCAUGAUAGAAAGUUGAGAAUAGUUAAACCGAGUCAAAAUCGAGAUGAAUCGACUCACAUUGAAAGUUGAGAUUAGUUGACUAGGUUAAAAGUCAACGUAUGUUAGUCCAAACCGAAUUAUGUAAUCCAUGGUGUAAUUUUAAAUGUUUUAGAUCACCAAAUUUAUAAUAUAUUUUAAAAUCUUAGAAUUAUAUAA